AUGAAUGUUGCAAAGAAGGACGAAGAUUCAGGCGACCUGGGUGUUUUUUAUCACCUGGACAAAACAACCGUCCUCCAAGAAGCCAGAGUAUUCAACGAUACCCCAAUCAGUCCUCGUAAAUGUCGCUUGCUACUUACAAAAAUCGUUUACCUACUCCACCUCGGCGAAACUAUGGCUACACAAGAAGCGACAGAGCUGUUUUUUAGUGUUACAAAACUGUUUCAAUCAAAAGAU